AUUCUUCAGCCUUACGGACUGCCCGUCUAUCCCCAGGGUGCCCAAUGUUACCCCAGCCUAGUACAGGUAAUCUACCUCUGUCUCACUCUCUCUCUCUCAAUCCCUCUGUUUUCCCUUUCCUUCUCUCCCCCUAUUCCUACCAUGUUUUAGGCCUGGCGUCUAGCAUUGGAUGUCAUUCUUGGUACUCUGUCAGUAGACCCAGAACCACAUACAGAGAUCAGCAAACUAUCCUGCAUAGCUGUUGGUGCAAACAUGGCGCCCAUUGAAUUCUGUAUACAUGGCUCUCAUCUCAAGCGUCAUUGAGAUAGUUUGGUUUUGAGUCACUGAAUAUGCUGAAUCACUGGCCCGUGGAAUGACAUGUCAUCAUGACACAAACAACAGGUUGGAGGGCCUGUGAAAUCGAAAGGUACAUUCAGAUGAAAUGUAUUCAGGCACCAGUAUUAUGCAAUAUAAAUAAUACUGUUUGUGUUUGUCGUGAUGAUGAUAGCAAAGUGGUUUAUUGAACUCGAUUUCAAAAGAAUCCAAAUGAUUAUGUUUAUUUCAGAGUAGUUCACAGCAAAAUGUAGUGGUGGGUCACAGCAACUGGUUGCCAGCAUAUAUUUGUGUGAUGAGAUUGCAAACAGCUGCAUCUAGGCCUAAAUACUGUUGAUAGGGACAAACCCAUUUGUUUUAAAUGCAAGGACACACUGGCAGUUAUAUUUAGUCUGCAGGUCUCAGUGGUGCCAACAGGUUGUUUUGUGUGUGUGUGUGUGUGUGUGUGUGUGUUGUGUGUGUGAGUCCCUGACAACCCGUUGGUGAAUGCCAGCACAGAUAUGAUGUGUGUCUGGAAACUGUCUUCCUUGUCUCUCUGUGUCACAGCCCCUGUAUUUUUAGCCUGUUCCUUGAAAAGUAGAUUAACACAGAGAGAAAUGGCUGCCCUGUCAUGCAGUCUGUAGAUAAGGGGGUAUCCUGAUAUCCUGAUAGUGUGUAGCCUGAGUAGGGGGAUGAGGACCAGUGUACUGUGCUAUGAUCAGAACAUGCCAGCGGAGUAAAAUGUCUGAUGAUCUGUGUUUGUGAUCAUAUUACCUAUUCCAUAUUACUGUAUACUGGAUGUAAUAUACACUAAGUGUACAAAACAUUAGGGACACCUUCCUAAUAUUGAGUUGCACCCCCUUUUGCCCUCAGAACAGCCUCAAUUUGUCAGGGGCAUGGACUCUACAAGGGGUCAAAAGCGUUCCACAGGGAUGCUGGCCCAUGUUGACUCCAAUGUUUCCCACAAUUGUGUCAAGUUGGCUGGAUGUCCUUUGGGGGGUGGUCCAUUCUUGAUACACACAGGAAAUUGUUGAGUGUGAAAAACCCAGCAGCGUUGCAGUUCUUGAGACACUCAAACCGGUGCACCUGGCACCUACUACCAUACCCCGUUCUUAAAUAUUUUAAAAUAUUUUGUCUUGCCCAUUCACCCUCUGAUGAAUGGCACACAUACACAAUCCAUGUCUCAAUUGUCUCAAGGCUUACAAAUCCUUCUUUAACCUGUCUUCUCCCUUUCAUCUACACUGACUUAAGUGGAUUUAACAUCAAUAAGGUAGCAUAGCUUUCGCCUGGAUUCACCUUGUCAGUCUAUGUAAUGGAAAUAUGUUUUGUACACUCAGUGUAAACAUACUGAAUAUAGUAGGCCAUAGGGUGUGUGCGUAUGUUUUUGUCCAUGCGUUUGUAUCCCCGGCUAUAUGAGCCCUCUUAAAGGGCACAUCUGCAGUUUGCUGUCGUCUUCGGAGUGUAAAUCCUCCAUCAGCUGUCCCAGCAAACACCUGUCUCAGAGCUGUUGACCUUUGACCCUGAAACCUGACAGCUGAAUAGGGGGAGGAAGGACAGAGGGGAACAAGUGGCAAUCAAAAAAAGACUGCAAGGAACAAUGUUGAGACACAUAGAGAGAUACUGUGUAUAAUGUUUGUUUACUGACAAUGUAAUACUGUGCUGAGAGUGGGAGACAAAGAGAGAGAGUUUGUGUGUGUGAAGGUGGCCAAUGCAAGUAUCAAAGAGAUUCUAUUAUCUCCCCCCUCUCUGGCACUCUCCAUGUAUGGUGUGAGCUUGGGAAGGUCAGAUAUUGGGGGGUGAGGUGGGGUGAGGGACACAAUACAGGCAUGUGUGUCUGUGUUGACGUGUCCUCUAACAUGGCCCAGUUACUGUGUGUACUAAAACAUGAUCGCCAGGACCUGCCAUGUGAAAGCUAAAAGGACAGUUUGCUGAAUUAUUAUGCGCCAACCCUGGAAUAAACCCAAAUAUACAACACCCAUGCCUUCCAAUAUUAGCAGACCGGAUGCAGAGUAGUACAUGUAAAUACCAUUUUAUAUUUUAAGGUUUUACUAUGAUGUUUUUUGAUAUGGUUGUUGUUUCGGCCCAUUUGAAAGCAAUAUAUAAGAUUAUCUGCUAAAUGACAAACCUUGUAAAUGAUAUGUCUGUAAAUCUAUUCUAGAGACCUAAUACAUUCAAGAUGUUAUCAGUCUCACUCCUGACCAUCUCCCAGUGGAACUUAUAAAUUAAGAAUUCAGAGGUAAAGGAGGAACACGUGUGGUCUGUGAAGAGAAAUCGUGUCCUUUGUACUGAAAGUGUUUGAUAGGAAGAAUCUGAGACCUACACAGACAAGGUGUUCCUGUUCCACUUAUAGUGAACUAAGAUAGUAUAUCUUACAUUUUACAUUACAUUUACAUUUCAGUAAUUUAGCAGAUGCUCUUAUCCAGAGCGACUGCAUUAAUCUUAAAAUAGCUAAGUGGGACAACCACAUAUCACAAUCAUAGCAACUACAUUUUUCUUCAAUAAAUGAAGUUAUCAGCAAAGUCAGUGCUAGCAGGAAAAGACAAGUGCGAGUGUUAGUUCAUAUCUUAGUAUAGUAAGAUCUUUGAUGCUGCUGUUUUACCUGCAGUAGACACACUGUUUUAUUAGACCUAUGAGAAUGUAGGACACUCUCCUUGGGUUACAUAUCAGAAUCAGCUUAUCAUACAAGGUUUAAAUGACACCUUCCCUCCACUUCGCCCUCUUCAAUUUCACAAUCAGUCCUAUCUCCCCCCAUCCGAUGAGUGCAACAGCUGAUGGACAGAUAGCGAGAGAGGUGGGAGGAGGAGAAGAGGUUGGAGAGAACAACAUGAAUCUGUAUUAAAUUACAGCCAGUCUGAUAUAUAGGCCUUUAGACCUUGUGACACUAACUAUGUUUACAACUGUAAAGGACAACACAAAAAUCUACUAAUGGCUUUGCCGAUCUUCUGGUUGACCUCUGGUCGGUUUCAGAGUAGAGAUAUAAGGGUUUAUUACUGUGUUAUAAUGUGAACGAUAUAAAACUACUCAAAUGUUGCCCACCUGUUUUUGUCUCUUCGAAGAGUCUGGUCAAAAAGAAGGUAUUGGAAUGAUAUGAAUAUUUACAAGGCAUAGGAAUGUCUACAAGGCAAUAUGUCGGCAAUAACAGGGUAUUAAUAAGGAUAGUAUUCUUAGAGGUGACCUUUUAGUGGGCAAGUUGAAAUACGGCUACAGUAUUAGCUUUUAAAUGUAGAAAUUCCUGAUUUGUGGGUAGCUCUCCUUACGUUUUUAGUGUGUGUUUCCGUGAGGAGGGGAAGGAGGGGUUAAAAGUGAUUGACAGGUACAAAUGACCACAGCUGGCAUAGCCCCCCCCUGCUCCCCCUUCCCCCAGCACUCCUGUGAUGUGAUUGGUGGUUGAGUAGAACUUAUGGUGUAGUGGGCGGGUGGAAGCUGGCAUUAAAACAUGUGGCAGUUGUUGGACAAUGUACCAGAGCAUCAGAUAUGCAGUGACGGGGUAAGAUAAUCAUAUAUUCUCCUAUUGUGUGUCUGUGUCACCACCAUCACUUUUCAUUGUGUGAUAAUUGGUCACUUCACUGUGUGAACUCUCUGCUUACUUGCUGUUGGUUUUGGUACAUUGAAUAAUCAAUGGAUUGGAAUGGAUUUGGUACAUUGAUUAGAUGAUUAUGAUGACGUUGAAGGUAUUAGUCUGGAAUCAAUUCCGUGCUGAGUUGUUUUUUCAUUACAUUACAUUUGUAGGUGCACUGCUUUGGCAUAAGUGGUAAAGUAUUGAAUAUUUGCCAGAUACUCUUUUUCAAAGGAUGCUGAAUCGUGAAUGAAUCCUCAAAAGGAAUAGUAUACGCAUCACAAUGAGCUGUACUGUAGGUAUGGGAUUGUAGUGUGGAUCUUUCUUAAGGGCCUCUAGUUUUGUACCAGCUGUGCAAAUCUAAGCUGCCCAGCCCCACUCAACCAUAAGACAUUUCCCAGGUGAUAUUUUACACUCAAAGACUCAGAGAAAAGGACUUCUAUGAAGCCUGAGGUCUUUGUGCUUACAUGAUUCACUCACACAUUGUCAAUGAAUGUAUGCUGUGAAUCAAAAUGGUCUAUUUUAAUGUAAUUAAUGAAUAAUUUGUUUCUUAUAACAAGUGUCACACCCACUAUUAUAAUUUUAAUAUGGUUUAUCCUACAGCUAGGUUGGAUAGAUACUAUGACAAUGUUAUUUUGAUUGAUUAUUGACCAAUUCCCUUCUCUCAUCCAAUCACAGGGAGGCCCGGGCCAGGAGGCCGGCAGUGGUGACCCCACCCUCCCCCAGGUCUAUGCCCAGCCUCCCUCAUACCCUCCACCAGGACAAGGGCCUCCCACACCUGCAGGCAGACUUCCUCCUCUAGACUAUAGUCCCGCCCACCCCAACUCAGAGUACCAGGAGCAUCACCAGCUCAGAGUCUAUCAGGGCCCACAACACGAAGGGGCUGACACUCUGGCAGCCAAUAGCACGGUAAGAACAACAUAAUAGACUGGAGGUGUGUGACUAUAGAAGUAGUGUCCAGGAAAGAUAGAGAGACAGAGAUACCUUUUAAUCAAGAUAUGUAGAUACUGUAUGUGUAUAGGGGGGAAUCACAUGUUGUUUGUAACAUAUUUCUAGGAGGGGAUUUUAUUCUAAUCAACGACAACAUGUCAUACAAAGUUUGAGGAAAUUCUUUGUUAGUAACAUGGAACACACACACACACACACACACACACAAACACACACACACACACACACACACACGCACGCACGCACACACGCACGCACGCACACACACACACACACACACACACACACACACACACACACACACACACACACACACACACACACACACACACACACACACACACACACACACACACACACACACACACACACACACACACACACACAGAGUUACCAUAGUACUUCUAUGUUUAGCUCCCCACCUCCACUCCUGUGCCCAUGUAGGGGAAUCUCCCCUGACACCCAGCAGAGCAGAUAGGGGCAGCUGAGAGGGGAUUCGUUUUUGAAAGUGAAUCCCCUCCAUCUCUCUCUCUCUUUGCUUCUCUCGUUCCCCUCUCCCAUUUAUCUGGAAAUAGAGCAGGUAAUCCCAAAGUUGUUAACAUGCAGUAUGUCUGUGUAAGAUCAUGCAUCAGGUUACUGGUAGGGGGUUGGGGUAAAGAAAGUUGAGAAAGGAAAAGUUAACAACACAGGAGAAUGGAACAACACAGUAUUUCAAUGUAGGAUUAUAAUUGAAAUGUAUUUUGGUAUAUGUUAUGGCAUAGUUAUCAGGGUUCAAUGUAAAAUGUCCUAGUAUUUAUUUUCAUAUAGCCUACAGCACAAAAUGACAUGUAUUUGAUGGGGAACUUGUGUAUUUUCAUUAGGAACAAUGGCCAGUUUAAUGAACUUAUAAUGAGGAAAACAUGUACAUGUACUGUAUGUUUAUGUCCAGUGUCCUGGUAGGCUUCAUUUACUGUAGGUCAUUACUCUAGACACAGACAGAGGUGAAUGGUGAAUAAAGGUCAAUGCAUUGUGACUGUGAAGUCCUUUUCCCUGCCUCAGCAGCUCUUUCUCAUGUCAUAACUGACUUUUAUGGCCACGUUUAUAUAUUCCAUCACUAGAGCCCCUGACUUACAAGGUCCAUCCUGAUUUUCGUGGGAAAGUUGAGACGCCGCCACACAUCAUGGAGGUGGGGUCAACGGGGGAGGCCGACCUGGUGACCCCCCCCCCCGAAAUAUCGGCCAGGUUCAGAAAUCAAUUUUGCAUCGUGACAUGACACCAACAUCCAACCCAACCCACCCACCCCUUUCUUCCACUCCCCCCCCCCCCCUCUCCACUGUCCCACUUCCCCAAAGCCUGUUUCUGGUGUGUGUGUGUGUGGAUGGGACUCUGAUGGUGUGUGUGUGAACCAUGCUGUCCUAACUAUGGUUGCCAUGGGAAGCCAGUAUAUAACAACACAGCAGUAUUCUGUACAGUAUGUACUGUAUGUGUUUGUGUGAAGCUCUCUCUCUCUCUGUCUUUUUCUUUCUCUCUCCUCUCUCUCUCUCUCUCUCUCUCUCUCUCUCUCUCUCUCUCUCUCUCUCUCUCUCUCUCUCUCUCUCCGCGUGAAUGUGUCUCUCUAUCCCCCUCCCUCUGUUUCUACCCCACUUAUUAAUACAUGCCCCCUUGGAAUCUUGAGUAAUGAUCUUUAACCUUUGGCAGAAAAAAGCAGCACCGUGACCCUAAACUGACAUUUAGAACAUUCAACUUUGACCCUGCCCGGCACUAUGCCUCCCAGCUCCCACUCCUCACCCCAACCCAAGCUUUUUGUGCAAGUUCCUGCCUUGUUCACUUUAUCUUUUUGUUUAAUUUAUUCUUUAUCGUUGCUCUGAAGACAUUGUGCACUCUCUAUCUCUUUCUAUCAGCCUUCCUAUAUUAUAAUGCUAAUAAUACCUGUGUUUUUAGUUCUGCAUAUUAGGAUCUGUAUUUUGAAUUGCAUUAAUAUUUAUCUGACUUCUUUCAAGCCUGCAUUCACUUAGAUUUUCAAUUGAAAGAUAUUUUUCACUUUUGCUAUUUUUUCCUUUGCUGUAUUUUUAUUUUCUUUCACAUUGCACUCUGCUCCCUCGCUCCUCUCUCCCCCACUGCUCUCGCUCACUCAUUUUUUGGUGCAAUAUUUUUUUAUCUUAAUUUUCUGGUUUGGACUCAUAUAAUCCCUUGGUUUUUGGAGGACCAACACACAGACACUGGCAUCGUGGUGCAUUGUGGGAUAGUGAAUGUUUUGGUUUUUAAGCACAUUACUAUAUCCUGUAUGGUUUUGCAUGGGGGCAUUUUAAUGAGAUUAUAUCAUGAAAAUGUAUUCCUGCAGGCUUACUGUUUACGUGUCUAUAUAAUCUAUGUCACCUGAACUACCUAGUUAUUAUGAAUUAAUAAGUAUAAUUCAUCACAAUUAUGUUCAGUAUGAUAUAUUGUAUUUAGUUACAGUUCCUCCAAAGUCUUUCUGUUGGGGGAGCUGUUACUUUCUAUAUUUGCUGGUUGUUAUAACUGAAUCAACAUGACUAUGUAGUCUAAUAUUUUAUUAGUGUACCUCAGAGGAGGCUGGUGCCCGGAGCUAUAGGAGGAAGGGCUCAUUGUAAUAGCUGGAAUGGAAUCGAAGGAAUGGUACCAAACACAUCAAACACAUGGAAACAACUUUACAGCCAUUACAUUGAGCCCAUCCUUCUAUAGCUCCUCCCACCAGCCUCCUCUGGUGUACAUAUCUUUUGAUAUUUUCUAACGGGCAUGUAUUUAAACGCCCUACUAAAAUGAGGUACUGUUCACACCUCCACACUCCUGCCUGAAAAGGAUCACUGGGUGCUGAAUGCUUAUUUGGACUGAGUUGUGAUCACUUGAUUCAAUUAAAAUGAUCGACAUUUUUCUAAUGCAAUGUGAUGCCUCUGUAAUUGGACACUGUACCAGAACUUGUGAACUGUUUUGAUAGAUUUGAAGAAAAAAACUGCUUUAUCUCAGAAUCCUUUUAAUACAUUGUAAAUUAGUUGUUUAUUCAGAGGUGUACAAGUGCAUGGACCAAUUGGCAACAUGUCCUUAUUUUCCUCUGUAAUCUCCCCCCUUCUUUCUCUACCUUUCCCUUGAAACCUUUUCUAUAUCCUUCUCCUGCUCUCUGUCCUUCUAUCCUCCUCCUGCUCCCCACCCUUUUCUCCUUCUUUUUCUUCUUCUUCUGCUCUUCCUCUGUCUAUUCUCUUCCUCCUCUUCUUCCUUCGCUCCUUUCCUUCCUUUCCCCUUCCUUCACUUCCUUUCUUUACUCCUCAUCUCCUCUAUUCUUCAUUUUCCUCCUCUUCUUCUUCCUCUCUUCCUCUCCUCCUCCUCUUCUAUCUCCCAGGACGAUGCCCUGGUUCCGGUGACCUCUGACUCCCAGGCUCUGAGCGUGUCAGUGUCAUCAGGGGGCGGAACAGGAAGUGGUAGCGACGAGGAGGGGUCAGGCAAGGCUCAGCCCAAACGCCUCCACGUCUCCAACAUCCCCUUCCGCUUCAGAGACCCAGACCUCAGACAGAUGUUUGGGGUGAGAGACACAACUAGUGGUUAUGUCAGGGUUGAUUAUCCUACGAGACAUGAUGUCAUCCUACGAGACAUUAUGUAAUCUCUUAUAACCUCUGUGAAAACCUAUGGACAAGAUUAUGAUCUGUUUUUGUCUUUCAGCAAUUUGGCAAGAUCCUGGAUGUGGAGAUUAUCUUUAAUGAGAGAGGGUCAAAGGUGAGAGACCACUCAAUAUCAGAAAUUACAAACUGAAUGAAUGAAACCUGGUUGCCCUAUUGUUGUUGCCUUACUAAGACAAUGACAAGUUGGACGAUCAGAAAUGUUUCUCCUUCCGUCUCUCAGGGCUUUGGGUUUGUGACCUUUGAGAGCGCAAUGGAAGCAGACCGAGCGAGGGAAAAACUGAACGGAACGAUCGUUGAGGGGAGGAAGGUUGAGGUGAGGAAUAACUAUCUAUAGUAUGUCUAUCUUGAAUAUCUAUCGAUCUAUCUGUCUGUUGUCUGUCUGUCUGUCUGUCUGUCUGUCUGUCUGUCUGUCUGUCUGUCAGUCAGUCAGUCUAUCUAAGAAAUGGUCCUCUCUGUCUGUGCAGGUGAACAAUGCUACAGCCAGAAUAGUCACCAAGAAGCCCCAAACACCUCUUGUGAAUGGUGAGGUUUCAAGUAAGAUACCUAAAGUUAUUUGGACACCUUUCCAUGGCCUGUGGGAGGGGUUGGACAUGCACUCUGUACUUCUGAACUGUGUCUGUGUGUUCCCUUUACUCUUCAUGACCUCCACCGUCUCUUUUCUCCUUUACUUGUUGUUUAACCUCUCUCUCUCUUUCUCUCAACUUCUCCCUCCUUCUCUCUCUUUCUCUCACUCUCUCUCUCUCUCUUUCUCUCAACUUCUCCCUCCUCCUCUCUCUUUCUCUCUCUCUCUCCUUCUCUCUUUUUCUCUUUCUCUCAUCUCUCUCGCUCUCUCUCCUUCUCUCUCGUUCUCGCGCUCUCUCUCCUUCUAUCCUUCUCUCCUUCUCUCUCUCUCUCGCUCUCUCUCUCUUUCUCUCUUUCUCUCUCUUCGUAGCCCCUGGAUGGAAGAUCAACCCUGUCAUGGGAGCGAUGUAUGCACCUGAACUCUACACCGGUGAGUUUCAAUGUGAGUUUUCGGGUGAGUUUGAUUAUUUCAAUAUUUGUUUGUCCUUCUAAUAUAUGUCCUAGUAUGUACUGUAUCCCUAUCAAACACAAUCAGAAUUCAUGACCUCUUGUAGGGGAGGAAAUAUAACCUUUUGGUCUAAUGGUUAAGACAUGGGUUUCCAGAGUGGGAGACCCGGGUUCAGAACCCACCUGUGAUACUCAAUCUCUCUUAUAGAUGGCUCUAAGAAAGCAUGCUCCCUUGGGGGAGUCAAUAAACAUGCUUAUGAAGGUAGGGUCGCUACAGUACAUAUCCUAGUGGGUACUGUAAGCUCUCUCUCUUUCUCUCCCUCCUCAGUUGCCAGUUUCCCCUACCCCGUAGCUACUCCCACCCUGGCCUAUCGGGGCUCACCGCUGCGUGGGCGGGGCCGGGCUGUCUACAACACAAUUCGCUCAGCUGCUGCAGCCACACCCACUGCCAUGCCCGCCUACCCUGGGUAAGAUCAUUUCUAUCUUCAAAAAAUCUAUUUGAAUAAUUAAUAACAAUUUCCAUUGUAAGUGUAAGUAAAUGCUUUAAUUUUCACUUUUUAAUGUGUGAAUGAUAGAAUGUCUCCUUUCAGUGUGGUGUACCAAGAUGGAUUAUAUGGAGCUGAAGUCUAUGUAAGUGGACGUUUUUCUUCUGAUUUCAUCUUAAUUUCAGGCUGUCUAACUUGUGUUUAGCUAAAAGCUUAUCUUGUCUCUGAAUAUCUUUUUUCCUAUCAGGGCGGGUAUCCUGCAGCGUACAGAGUCGCCCAAUCAGCAUCCGCUGCCACAGCAACAUACAGUGAUGGGUGAGCAGCAGUGCCCAAUGACUGACAAUGUGACUCCGUUUGUAUGAGGAUUUGAAGGACUUUUUCCUUCAAAUGGGACUUAGAACAUGAGAUAAGCAGCACUCUGAUGCUGAGGUUCUGUGGUCUUCAAGUCUGUUCUAUAGGGCCUCACUGUUUGUUCUAACACAGUACUAGCACACCUUUAGUAACCUGGACUAACAUAGUAAGCCAAAAUCCAGGACACUCAAAUUAGUAUGAUAUGUUACAUUUGGUAUGGUAUGCAUUAAUUAGUGGACGUCCAUCAUCCAUUUCAUAUGAUAUGUGACGAAUUACAAUUCGUAUGAUAUGUUACGAAUUACAACAAUUCGUUCAAUAUGUUACAAAUUCGCAAUACAUAUGAUAUGUUACAAAUUCAAAUUUGUUGUGGCUAACAUUGGGUAGGGUUUAAGGUUAGGGUUAAGGUUAGGGUUUAGGAGUUAGGUUAAAGCAGGGUUCUUCAAUUCCGGUCCUGGAGGGCCAAAACACUUCUGUUUUUUAUUUCUACCUGGUAGUUAAUUGCACUCAACUGGUGUCCCAGGUCUGAAUUAGCCCCUGAUUAGAAGGAGAGGAUGAAAAACAGAGGUGUUUCGGCCCUCCAGGACCGGAAUUGAAGAACCCUGGGUUAAAGGGUUAGGGGAAGGAUUAGCUAACAUGCUAAGUAGUUGCAAAGUAGCUAAAAAGUAGUAAGUAGUUGCAACGUUUCUAGCUAAAAUGUUGUCCGUGAUGAAAUUCGAACAUGACGUUUGCGUAAUACGCCCAUCCAUCCACUCCGAACCGCCCACCCUCCUUUUGUUUUUGCCUUAAGUAUCCUGCUGUCUUAUGUAACCAUACCAAAGUUAACAUAUCAUACUAUUUUGAGUUUCCCUGAUUUUUGUUAACCAUGUAACGUCUAGUCUAUGGGACCAGGCUGGUUUAGUAUGUUUUCUCAUUUGGGUUUUGUUUUGUCUGUCCAUCAGAUAUGGCCGAGUUUAUGCUGCUGCAACGGAUCCCUACCACCAUUCAGUGGGACCCUCGACAGCAUACGGAGUCGGAACAAUGGUGAGCCUCUUUAAAACUCAUAAGCAGUACCACUCCAACUUUUAAAGUGUUCAUGUGACCCACUAAGUCAUCCAGACCAUUGUUUCUAGCCACGAGCCAGACUUUAAUUGAGCCUCAAAAAGGAAUCAGCCUCAUCCCGCCAGUGGGCACCGAUCCACCAUCAUUUAUCAUAUCUUCUACUUAUUUCUAGGCCAGUCUGUACAGAGGAGGAUACAACCGCUUCACCCCUUAC